UUGGUUUUGUUUUAAAGAGCAUAGAAGAACAAGAAGUAGAGGAAAAACAGAAGUAGAAAUGGAAUAUGUGACUAUAGUGAAAUUGCAGGUUGAACUUGAUCAGGAAUAUCAAGACAAAUUCAAAAGACUGCCUUUGGAAAUUCUGGAGUUUGUACAGGAAGCCAUGAAAGGGAAAAUCAGUGAAGAUGGAGACCACAGUUCUGCCCCUUCUUCCCUGGCAUCUGACAGUGGAAAAUCAAACCAUAAACCUCUGCAAAGUGAAGAGGAAUUGGAGGAAGAUAAUUCAGAAAAAGUGUUUGAUACUACUUUUUAAUUGCCCCAGCAGCCCUUAAUAUGCAGGGGCCCAGCACUCCCACGCCGCCCAUCU